UCUUUGUUUUUUAUCAUCUUCCAUGUAAUGAAAAGCAUUCCAUAAAUCACUAACCACUAAACAAACUAAAAUCGAAAAAAAAAACAGUGGGCGAUAUGCAUUACCACGGGUGCUGUUGCGGACGGUGCGGAGUAUCCACGUCGCCGUUGCCGGUAAUAGUCAUGAUCACGGUGGCGCUCGUCCUCUUGGCGCUUUCCUCCGCCGUAAAAUUUGAGGUUUCCCUCUCCUCAGGCGAAGAUAUGCUGAGCUGGCUCCUCCUAGCUGCGGUUCCAUUGGCUCUACUCUUUGCCCUGCGAUGUUUCUCUUGCCUUGAAACGGCGAAGCGAUCCGUCUACUACUGUCCAUGCGGGCGCUGGAAAUGCGUUUGCUACUACUAGCUAUCUAGUUUUGAACGCGGUUAGUGUCGUUGCGUUUACGUUUUUGUAAAUCAAUAAUUUCGUUUUGUAGGUAUUGUCGAUGUUAACGUGAAGGAUAUGUGGCGUGAUCAGACUUUUGUGUGUUAAAUUUGACGAACGUGAUCGGCUAUAA